AUGGCAAAGUGCUUCAGUUUUGCUGCAACACAAGAUUCAUGCUACCGUUACUCUUUCACUCGAUCAGGCCUAAAAUCAUCCACGACCGACCUCGGGGACGGCACGAUCAUGCACUGUUGGAUCCCGAAGACACACGAUCCAUCAAAACCUACGUUGCUAUUAAUCCACGGUUUUGGUGCCAACGCAACGUGGCAAUUCAAUGGUCUGAUCCCCAAGUUCAUGCCCAAAUUCAACAUCUACGUACCCGACCUCCUAUUUUUCGGGGAAUCCUACACAACACGAGCCGAAAGGUCCGAGGCUUUUCAGGCCCAAUGCGUUAUGGGCCUCAUGGAAACCCAUAGCGUAACGAAGAUGGACGUGUUUGGGCUGAGUUAUGGCGGGUUCGUGGCCUAUAGCAUCGCCGCGCAGUUUAAAGAGCGCGUGGGGCGCGUGGUGCUAGGAUGUGCGGGAGUUUGUUUUGAAGAGAAGGAUGUGGAUGAAGGAGGAGUGUUUAAGCUGGUGACAAGUAUUGAGGAAGCUGUUGAGCUUUUGAUUCCACAAACACCUGAGAAAGCUAGAGAGUUGGUGAGGUUGUCGUUUUAUAGACCACCACCUAGUAUGCCUUCUUGUUUUCUCCAAGAUUUUAUCGAGGUAAUGUGUACCGAAUUCCGUCAAGAAAAGAAAGAAUUAAUCCAGGCAUUACACAAGGAUAGAAAGAUGUCAGAUCUUCCCAAGAUAACUCAGCCUACACUCAUAAUCUGGGGAGAACAUGACCAGGUUUUCCCCCUGGAAUUGGCACACAGAUUAGAAAGGCAUAUUGGUGAUAAUGCAGAAUUAGUGAUAAUAAAGAAUGUGGGUCAUGCACUCAAUGCAGAGAGGCCAAAGGAGCUGUACAAGCACUUAAAAUCUUUCCUCAUUGACAAUCUUGUUUCAUCAAAGCAAGCAAGCCAUAGCAACGGUCGUAAGGCAGAUUGA